GACGUGGACGCAGUGAUGGGGGGCCCACCCUGCCAGGGUGUUUCUGGCCUGAACAGGCACGCCAAGAGGGCCGACAUCGUAAACGACCCCCGGAACCGACAGGUUCAGGCGUUCUACGACGUGAUCGAGUGGUUUCAGCCGGGGUAUGUCCUGAUGGAGAACGUGCUGGACAUCUUCAAGAAGCAGGACGGCAUGUACGCCAAGUUUGCCGCCUCCCGACUGCUUAACAUGCGCUACCAGACCCGUCUCGGCUGCAUCGCCGCCUGCGACCACGGCGCCCCCCAGGGCCGCUGGCGGGCGUUCAUGUGGGGCGCCAAGGCGGGGGUGGAGCAGCUGCCGGCCUUCCCCGAGCCCAGCCAUUUCGCGGUGUUCCAGGGCGGCGUGCCCCACUCCGCGAGCGAGUGCAUAGUCGGCUUCACCAGCGAGGCCUCACGCGACGCCGCGCGCCAAAUGGUGUUCAUGGGAGACGUGCUGUCGGAUUUGCCGGAGAUCUCCAACUACACGACGGCGGAGGCUGCGCAAUACGCCAGCGACCCCAAGACCCCCUACCAGAUGUGGCUGCGCCGGCAGCCGCCCGCGGUUCAUAUGUUUGAUGAGCAGGUCCUGAAGGAGGCGGAGCAUGCAGAGAAGGCGGUCGGGCCGCUGCGCGACCACCGCUCGCUCUGCCUCAAUUUUGAUGACCACCUGCGCUGCUGCAGCGUGCCCUCUAAGAAGGACGCAAAUUUCAGAGAGAUGCCCGGGGUGAUAACGCACGGGGACGGUGCGGUUUGUGGUGUUGUGGGUGCAGGCUGCCCGGGGACCACGGUGUUUCUGCCAACGGGGGACCUGCUCUGCCCGCGGUGGUGCGUGACGUACAAGCAGGGCAAGUCGGGCGGGCGGCACGGCUGUUUUGGGCGCAUGUGGUACGACGAGAUCCAGCCGACGGUGGUGGGCCGCGCAGAGCCGCACAACCUGCGCCUCAUCCACCCCACGCAGGGGCGCGUCGUCUCCAUCCGGGAAAACGCCCGCUGCCAGGGCUUCCCGGACUACUUUGCUCUGGCGGGCAUCAGCCACGCGCACCAGGACACAUGGGUCCGUAACAACAAUCUGACCGAGCGCUACCAGCAGAUGGGCAACGCUGUCAGCCCCCUCGUCGCCGACGCGCUCGGCCGCUGCCUCGGCAUCGCCGCCCGCGGCCGCUUCUCUCCCGGCGACUUUGUCGUGUCUGUGCCCAACGCAGAGUAUGAGCAGGUAUGCAGCAUAGUCCUUCAUCCAUGA